AGCUUUUAAUGUAAAUGUUGCAAGCCGCUGAAUAUUUAACAUCGCAUGUGGAGAACAUACCAGUCAAUAGAUGAUGUUUAAAUACUCGAUACUUUAGUUUUAUAUUAAGGUGGUCCCUCUAAAAGAAGGUUUAAUGUAAUUUCUGUUCGCCCAUAAUUAUAUUUUACAGAUUCUUUCAGGCGUUAUUCUCGCACGGGUAUGGCGUGACUUCGGUUCCCGUUUUUGCAAGUCACUGUAUCUGGCUCCCCACAGUGCUGACGUGAACAACAGCUGAUGCAUGCCGGCUGUCUGCAAAGUGCACGAGAAUACAAAAUACUGCCGAUAUGAAUCUGUUUUAAAAAAUCUGAAAUUUGCUAAAAUUUGGAUCUUGCAAAAACUCAUCAUUCAUUAAAAUGAGGGAAGUGCAGGCGGAUUCAUUGCAUUGGAAAGUGAGCUUAGAUAAGGCUGACAAGGAGCACUGAUAAGAGGUAGACAGGUUCAACAUGACACAAGAGGGCUAAUAGAGGUGUCUUUUUUGUUUUUUACAUAAUAAGGGAAAAAAUUUUGAACAAGUUGCAUCCUAUCAGACAGGCAGCAUUUCCUUAUUUCAGAGAGUUUCAUUUCCUUGUUAAAAUGAGCCAGCUUGGGUUGUUUUUCUCUGCUUUGUGCAGACGCCGAGAUGCUGGUAUAUGACUGUGACUGACAUAAAACUGAUAUUAAUGGCAGUGGUGUAACCAGACUCUGGUUCUAUUUGGAGCAGGUCAGAAACAGGACACUAUGCACUGUGCAAAGUCACAAGUCUCUGACGUGUUUAUUCUCUUACUUGAUCAUGCACAGCCUCAUAAACACAUGCAUGGAACAAUUUAUUAUCCCCUCUGAUUGUCAUCAAUGUGUUUUUGCAGUCCACACUUUACUUCCUUAGGUGCAGACCUUUCAUCUGUGUAAUGACACUCUAACACUGUGUGGUGAAGUGUUCAGAUUUGGAGGUAGCAGCGUAAACUUCCACACAAGAGUCUCCUGUAGUCACCUCCUUUAACCUGGUGUCAAAAUGGCCUCACAGCGGGGAGACACUCCAGCACUUGAGUCUGGAAGUUCAUCAGGACUUUUCAGUGCAUUAUCAUGUCCCAUUGGUAUGACUCGUCAUUUCAGCUAUGACGACCUCAUGGAUGCCCCCAUACAUUCACCACCUUCAGACUUCUCUGUCAACAUUUUAUGGAAAGACCCUGUUAUCCCACAGCACAAGUUCCGAAACACUGCAGAGGAAGGCGAGAGUGGUGGGAAGCUAGUGACUUUUGAGGCUUCAGUGCCAGUCAAGUCCCAAGUGCCUGUUGUGAAAGCCAAAGCCACCUCUUUAAUGAGUUCUCUAAUGAUCAAGCAGACCCAGGAGAACCUCCAGAAGUUUGAGCACCAGGCAGGGCUCACUGAUGCCGGAUAUUCUCCACGCAAGGGGCUCUCAGCUGAGGAGACCCGCUUUCACCGACUGGGUGACGGCACAUUGCCAAAGUUGAAAAUGCCAAGCGGGGACUUCAAGGAGGACAGGCUUACAACAUCAGCACAAUCCACCCCAAGUGGCACCCCUUCUGUCACCCCCUCCGUCACCCCCAGCGUCACCCCCUGUGUUAGUCCCCACACAUCACCGGCUCUUAGUCGCAGGAGCUGGUUCCAGCUGAGUCCUGCGCCUUUUCUUGCCACCCCUGAGCUAACUAGUCCCAACCUCAACACAGACAUGGGAGGAAAUGAGGGGGGAGGAGGGGAAAGGUGGAGCUUCUUUGGAACCCGACCUGUGGUACAGAAGUCCCCAACUGACCCAGGUUGUGAAACCAGCACAGGCUUCUCACUGCAGUCAUACUUUGGCAUGCAGAAGUCCAAUACCAUGGAUUCCACCAACACCCAGGUCAACUUCAAAGUAGACGACCCUGCCAACUUCAUGCCCCCCAAGAUUGAAAUCUCGGGUAUUGAGCCGAAGCGUGCACCAACACGGCCACAUAAACUUAAACCUCGGGACAUGAAUGUUUUAACACCUUCAGGCUUCUGAAGUCAGACCAACUGUGUAGUAACACUUCUGUACCACAUCUUUUGCUCAUUUCCCCUCUUUCCUUCCUCUGUCCCCUCCGCCUCCCUGCAAAAAUCACUGAGGCUGAGAGGAAUGAGGACCACCUUUAGUAAUAACUCACCAGCCCCAGAGACAUCAUCGCACUGAUAAUCCUUCCAGCGGACCUACACUGAUGGAUUGUCAUCUUCUAUUAGUCCACCCCUUCACCUUCCUAUCUCCUCCAGCUUACUGGUCCAAAUAAAACACCAUAUGAAGUCACUUCAUUUGUCAUCACUAGAGAUGGUAUUACUUUGUAGUAUUAUUGUUGUUAUGUCUUGUAAUGGGUGCAUUGGCAUACAUUGCCUUGCUGUCCUCGUUCCAUUGUCAACGAUGGCUUGAGAUUGAAGUUGAAAUAUCUUGUCAGUCCUUUGCUCACUGACCAGCUAUUUCAAUUCCCAGUGCUCAGUUUCCUCAUUUGUCUUUUACUACUUUAUUUUAAAUAGGCUCACAGAUUUGUAGUUGUGUAGUGCUUCUCUGUGUUAGCAUGCAGAGUAUAGUGUAGGAUGACUGAUAUUGUGCCUAAACUUGAAGCUUAUUUUGAUUUUUGGCAUUUUUGCCAACUAAGUAAAGCUUUUGAAUUUUUUUUUUUAUUAUAUGGAAGAGCAUCUUAUUUGACCUUGUGAGAGUGUAUGACUGAUGAGCUGAAGUGAUUUAUUUUUUUAUUUUUAUGAUUUUCAUAUUCAUAUGGUUCUGCUUUAAAUCAACAUUGCUUAUUAAAUAGUAGUAUGUUU